AUGGUCUACCUCAAGCAUUGGUCCGAGUUCCACACACAGGCUCUAGAAUUGUACAGCAAGAACCCAAAUAGGACGCGCUACCUAGUCAAGACACAUCCAUCGAGACAAUGGCUCGUUCUCAAAGUGACUGAUGACUAUACAACCCUCAAGUACCGCUCCCGAAGCACCGUCAUUCUCAAUCGGUUUGACUCCUUCUCCCGUGAAAUCCAAACCCUCAUGUCCGGUUCGCGCUUCUCGAGCUCGACUUCUUCAACAAUAGCAAACACAGCCACAGCAGCAGCGGGAGCAGCGGUAGAAGAAGCCACUUCCCUGGCUCAGUCGGCCGUCGCGGCAGUGGAAGGAGCGACGGAGAGUGUGGUGGGGACACAACCGACGCAAACAGGAGGAGGAGGAGGUGGCGGUGGAGGACAGAGCAAAAACAAAAAGAAGAAGAAGGGUGGGAAGAAGUAGAUGGAUGGGGGAAAGGAAGGGAAGAGGCGGGAAGAGGUCAUGUGACCAAGAUGGUCGAACGGGAACGAUCAAGAUAGGGCACACCUACGAACAAACAGAAGACGAUGGUCAUAGACGUAACAUUGCGCAUGACAAGAGUCACCGAAAGCGGUGCAAAGCUCCUACAAUCCUGAUCCCGUCCGUGAUAUCGCACUGUCCACCUCGAGCUCACCUGAUGCUCAGCACCAAAGCACAGUCUAAGCGGCUUGCGACGCUUUGAAGGCCUUUCCUUCGGGAGUUGUGAGCCACCACUGCGAGAAUUAAAAGCCCAAAAAAAGUCAGCAUGAUGGUCUGCGUCAGAAGGAAUGCUGUCGACGCCUUUGCGGCAACUCACCUGGGCACUCCUCUUUACCCCCUCCUGCAGCCCUACCUUUGGCUCAUAUCCCAGCACUCUCCUCGCCUUUUCAAUGUUGUAGUACCUCGUCGUGGUAGCAAAAAUGGUCUUGAGCACCGUC